CCCUUCACCCCUUCUUCGUCUCCUUCCUUAAUUCUUACGAUAUAGUACCGGCCCAAGUCAUGCCGAACUCGUAUCGGGUGAUAGCGGGCUUCAUCUGUCGCUGCGAAGAUGCUGGUAUUACUCCCACUCUAGAGCUGUUCCAUCAAUUUUUCAAGGUGGCUCCCCAGCAGACACAUGGUUACCUGGUUGCAACUGCCCGAACGGGUCAUAUCUUAUUUAAGGGUAACCCUACUUUGAUCAAGGGGUGGAAGGACCGGUUCUUUUUCGUCUCUGUCCUGGACGGCCUGAUCUCGAACAAGUGGAAUGCAUUUCCUCGCAAAACUCCUGAUCUGCUUCUCACCGAACAAGUCUGCAAGGAUGUAUUUGCAAUAGAAAAGGACAAAUCUUGUGACAUCAUGGGAUAUUUGACCCCCGAUCGACUAAUCAAAGCCGGGAUAGGUACUGCCCGCUCUCUUGGGUCUACUUUUUUAAGAACCAAGUACCAUGGGCCGGGCGGUCCUUCCCGUGCGAGAAACGUUCUCUUUCUUUUUUUGUUUCCCACGUGGUAAGGCCGCUCGGUACCAACACUUUCCUUUUGUUAUUUUUCAGCUCCCAACCCAGAUACUGUCAUGAACGAUAGUCGCGUUCUUGUUGCUGGUGGAGUGGGAAAAGGAAGAAAGCUAAGAAAAACCCCAAGCCUAAUCCCUCCACUACUGUUGUUCAAGAUGCCGGCUCCUCUCGACCUGUUCCAGAGCCACAACCCAUUCAACAGGUCCCUCAUCAGGACCAUUAUGAAGAGAUGCUGAUCGGCGAUCGGUUCCGAUCCGAUCAGCUACAUCAAUUCUAUGAGCACUUCCAGGUUGCUCAGGAUGCCAACAUGACUGCAGGUGACACCGAUACCGUCCACCUUUCUACACAGGUCGAACGGAUCUCUCUGGCAGAUCCAGUUCAUGAAAUGUUGGAAAAGGCUGGUUCCCCUGCAAGCCAGAUUUGGUCCACUUCUUCGUGGUUCAACAAUUUUGCCGUUCCUAAGAUGUCGAUCGAGCAGUGUGAAGAAUGCAUGGCUUUGGCAGCUUUGAAGGUUGGGCUCUAUAGCCUACGACUGAGGGAGGCCCGGCUGGCUAAAGAGCGGGACCUGAUCGUCGCUCAGACCUCCGCGGAGCAGAAUAUGGCUGCUGCUCUUGCCACUUUGGAGGUCGAACGAAAAGCCUCUGCAGAGGAAAAGCACCGGCUCGAGUCUGAGCGUGGUGAACUUAGGGUCCAGCUCGGGGCCUCUUAAGCCAAAGUUGAUGCUGCCGAAACAACUUUGGUGAAAUUUGAAGAAAACGCUCCCCGUAUCCCGGACGGCCCUGCUGAGGUAAAUGUUGAUCUUUAUGCCGUCCGGGAGGCAUUUAAAGGUUCUGAGGAGUUUACUGCCCUAAAAAAGGAUUAUGCGCAGCGGGAACUCCCGACCACCUUUGGUGCUUAUCUCGACCAGUUCCCCACAGGUGACACUCGCCGCAGAGAAGGGGUUAAUUUGCUCGAUCGGGAUCCUCGAGGUAAACAAUUCAAUGACUCCCUGGCCAGAUCGCUCUAUGUGAUGGGCUGCCAUCAUAUCAUGGCCCCCUUCGUGGUCAAGCUUCAAGAGAUGCUAGGGAGGCCGGUCGAGCUUGCUGAUCUCCCCUCAGCCCCUAUCGUUGAGGCUCAGUUUGAGAAGUACCAGCGGGAUCUGUAACGGGCUGUUGAUCGAGAAGCGGGGAGAGAUCCUGAACCCCCAACUGACUCAGAUGAUGAUGGGGAGGAUGAUGAAGAGGAGGGGGACAAAAAGGCCGCUGGUCAGUAGAUUAGAUUUUGAAUACUAGUAAUUUGUAAUUCCUUCCCCCUUUUCCUUUUUUUGCAAAUCACCUUUGUACUUUCCGGCCGGUAGAGCCGAUGAAUAUAUAUGACAUCUUUUUUGCUCAAUGCUUUACUUAUCGUCUUUGUUGUCUUUAUUGAUUUUUUGCUUUACCAUUCAGGGAUCGGUCCGCUUUAUAGGACUUAGCAGUUUCCCUACUUUCUCAGUUUCGUUAUCACCCUUGUAUUGCCGUUCGGGCUCUCGUGAAUUCACCAGGACUUGGCCCUUUGUUUUGUGUUUACUGC